AAGCUCUGUUUCACAUGUCUUUCACAGUUCACAAUAAAUUUCACAUUUCGAAUUUCGAAUCUUUCUUUCCCGAAAUCUUUUUCGUUUUAUAUUAUAUAUAUAGAGGAUGAGUAUGAGAGGAGAAGCUGAAGCUUGGCCGGAGAUGGAAGCGAUAGCUAGGAAGAUGGUGGAGGAAGUUGAAACAGAGAGUAGCGGAUCAUCCGAAGCAGAGACUGAGUCUCCAAGAUCCGUCGGACGUUGGACGGCUAAGGAGAGAGUACACAGCCAGGUUUUGAAGAUCAGAGAGGAGGAUCUUUGCGUUCUCGAGAAUCGUCCACAUGGUCUCAGCUUGUUCUUGAUCUCGAGGCCGAGCUUGCCGUGUUCGCCUCUCAGUGGCAAAGUGAGAUCCCUUAACGCCGUUCAGUGAUUUGACUCUCUCAUCGAUCAAAGGUGUUCUGCUGUCCUAUGCGUUUUUUUUUUUUUUAGUUAUCUCUGUUUUUUUUUCUUGAACGUUUUGUUUAUGGAAGGGAAAGAGAGCCUUUUUCUCUUGUCAUAAUGUCAUGUGUAUAUAAACCGUGAAUGUAUAUAUGAGCUCGUGAAACUUUAUGCUCUACUUUUGUUUACAUAUCUUUCUCUGUAUAUAUAUGCCUGUAAUUAUCAAACUAUAUAUAUUCAAAUGUAUCA